CCGGAGAUUAGGGACAGUGGAAUUUCACAUUUGCUACCCAGCAGCAGCAGCAGCAGCCGUAUCUGGUUGUUUCAGCAGAAGGGGCAGAGUCCACAGGCAGGGAAUACGCUGACUUUAUAGGUGGGGAAGAAUUCCCCAGUCGGGCAUACAGGCGUCUACACACAGGGAAAGACGACGGGCAUCCCAGCUCUUCGGGAGGAUUUCCAGGGGAAAGGAGAGGAUCUUGAGAAAGAAGCAGGGUUUUACUUCAGUGACUUUUCCUCCAUUUCACAUCUGUGGAAAGCCGUUCGUGACGCAUCUUUGCCUGACUGCAGUUCACCUACUUGAGUUUAUUCCAGCCCUCUUUCACUACCGCGAGUAAAAGGAUUUGGUUGCCAUGGUGAAGGAAAAAGUGGCCCACCCUCAGGAUCCUCACCACACCCCCGAGAAGCCCGCCAUCCACUGCCACAAGUGUGGGGAGCCGUGCAAGGGAGAAGUGCUGCGCGUCCAGGCCAGGCAUUUCCACAUCAAGUGCUUCACCUGCAAAGUGUGCGGCUGUGACCUGGCCCAGGGGGGCUUCUUCAUUAAGAACGGAGACUACCUGUGCACUCUGGAUUACCAGCGGAUGUACGGCACCCGCUGCAAUGGCUGCGGGGAAUUUGUGGAGGGAGAAGUGGUGACCGCCCUGGGGAAGACCUACCACCCCACCUGCUUCGCCUGCACUGUGUGCAAGCGCCCAUUUCCACCUGGAGACAGGGUUACCUUCAAUGGGAGGGACUGUCUGUGUCAACUCUGUGCCCAGCCGAUGUCCGCCAGCCCUAAAGAAGUUUCAAGUUCAAGCAGUUGUGCUGGCUGUGGAAGAGACAUUAAGAAUGGCCAGGCAUUGCUGGCCCUGGAUAAACAAUGGCAUCUGGGAUGCUUCAAGUGCAAGUCUUGUGGGAAAGUGCUCACUGGAGAAUAUAUCAGCAAGGAUGGUGCCCCUUACUGCGAAAAGGAUUAUCAGGUGCUCUUUGGGGUCAAAUGUGAAGCAUGUCACCAGUUCAUCACCGGGAAAGUUCUAGAGGCAGGAGACAAGCAUUAUCACCCGAGCUGUGCACGAUGCAGCAGAUGCAAUCAGAUGUUCACAGAAGGAGAGGAAAUGUAUCUUCAAGGUUCCACAGUCUGGCAUCCGGACUGUAAGCAGUCCACUAAGGCAGAAGAAAAGCUUCGGCCCCUAAAUGUUCCUCGUUCCUCAUCUGAUUUCUUUUACCCUAAAAGUCUGAUUCGCCGUACACGAUGGUCUCCGCAGCCAACCAGAACGUCCUCUGAAAGCAUCUACUCCAGACCAGGCUCAAGUAUCCCUGGCUCACCUGGCCAUACUAUCUAUGCAAAAGUAGACAAUGAGAUCCUUGACUAUAAGGAUUUAGCCGCCAUUCCCAAAGUAAAGGCUAUUUAUGACAUUGAACGUCCAGAUCUUAUCACCUAUGAGCCAGUCUACACUUCCACCUAUGAAGACAAACAAGAAAGGCAGAGCCUUGGAGAGUCUCCAAGGACUUUAUCGCCUACACCAUCUGCGGAGGGUUAUCAGGAUGUUCGAGAUCGCAUGAUCCAAAGAUCCACCAGUCAAGGCUCCAUUAACUCUCCGGUGUACAGCCGCCACAGCUACACACCGACAAUGUCUCGCUCUCCCCAGCAUUUCCACAGACCUGAGCUGCUUUCUCCUGGUGUGCAGCGGUUGUCAUACCUGCGCACUAGAAGUCUCAGCUCCACCCACAAUGACUCCCGCCCUAACUCCCCAUUCCGACACCACUUCAUUCCCCAUGUGAAAGCUUCUCUCUUCACUGGCAAUGAGCCAUCCAGCGGCCGGAACUCCCCUGUCCCUUAUCGGCCAGACAGCCGCCCUCUAACUCCAACUUACGCUCAGGCCCCUAAACAUUUCCAUGUUCCAGAUCAGGGGAUCAACAUGUAUCGGAAGCCGCCUAUCUACAAACAACAUGCUGCCCUAGCAGCCCAGAACAAGUCUUCUGAGGAUAUCAUCAAGUUCUCCAAGUUCCCAGCAGCCCAGGCUCCAGACCCCAGCGAGGUACCAAAGAUUGAGUCGGACCACUGGCCAGGUCCCCCUUCACUUGCUGCCGUAGGAACGGACAUGAGACGCAGAUCAAGCGGCAGAGAAGAUGAUGAUGAGGAACUACAGAGACGCAGGCAGCUUCAAGAAGAACAGCUAAUGAAGCUCAACUCGGGCCUGGGACAAUUGAUACUGAAAGAAGAAAUGGAAAAGGAGUCCCGAGACAAGCCAUACCUUUCAGCCAGUCGUUAUGAUUCUCCAAUUAAUGCAUCUCCACAUACUUUGUCAUCUAAAACCUCCUCUCUCCCUGGUUAUGGAAGAAAUGGACUUCAUAGGCCUGUCUCUACAGAUUUUGCCCAGUAUAAUAGCUAUGGUGACGUCAGCGGUGGUGUUCGAGAUUUCCAGUCCCUCCCGGAUGGUCAUGUAUCUGCAAGGAGAAUGGACAGAGGAGUAUCUAUGCCUAACAUGUUGGAACCAAAGAUUUUUCCAUAUGAAAUGCUCAUGGUGACCAACAGAGGGCGAAAUAAAAUACUAAGAGAUGUAGACAGAACCAGGCUCGAGCGCCACCUAGCACCUGAAGUUUUUCGAGAAAUAUUUGGGAUGCCAAUUCAGGAGUUUGACAAGUUACCUCUCUGGAGACGCAAUGACAUGAAGAAAAAAGCAAAGCUCUUCUGAAUUGUAUACUCGCCCGCAGUUUAAAAAGAAUGGUGAUGCAUAGGUUAUUAUAUUAUAGACCCCACACUUGAUUGGAGAACUUAGAAACUACCGCUCCUCCACAACAACAAAAAGGGAAAACC